AUGUCAGCACUAGAUACGAAACCGUGCUGCCACUGCGAGACACGACAUGUUAGUAAAGACGCAGAUGCAUGGUGCAUAACAUGCGAAAAAGCAUUUUGUCAUAAAUGUAGAUAUACCCAUUUAUCUGGUAACUCUAAUCAUAAAUUUAUUUCAAUUCAAAAAUACAACAAACUUGCACUAACUGUGCAUAAAAUCUGCAAACAUGACCAUGAUUCCAAAUUUCACAUUUACUGCAAGUUUCAUGAUGACAUCACAUGUAAUAAAUGUAAACCGGAAACUCAUUCAAAAUGCAAUGGCGUGCAGACGAUCCAGGAAGCAUCAAAAGAUGCGAAAACAUCUUUUCAGUUGUCUGAUCUAGAAAAAAAAGUAUCAGAAUUAUCAGGGACUUUACAGAAAUUAAUAGCUUCAAGAACGAAAAAUUUAAACACCAUCAAAGACCAGAAAAAGAAAAUUGAAACAGAAUUGGAAGCUCUCAGAAAAAAGAUAAACGAUCAUAUUACCAGAAUUCAGAAAAAUUUGAUCGGUGAACUGAACAAAGUGUACGAACGCACAAAAGCUGAGCUGGAUGAAAGUCUAAAAGAACUAGAUCGAGAGAAAAUAUUAAUCCACGACUUGAAAGAUAAAACAAUCCAAAUAAAGCAUUUAAGUACAAAUGUUGAAACUUUUCUUGGGACUCAACAGCUUCGGAAAAGAUAUGCCGUAGACGAAAAGCAUACUGCCGACAUGCUCCUUGGAAUCAAACAUGUUUAUUUGAGAUUGAGCGUUAGUCCGGUAGUUCAGUCGCUCGUAUCCGAUAUAACAUCAUUCGGAACUGUUGAAAUGGUGAAUAAACCAGAUAAAGUUACAGACGAUGAGCAUAAACUUUCGGAAUCCCGUGCUGGUAAAAUAAGUACGCCGCCAAGAUUUGUCAUGAGGGUCAAAUUACAUCUGCGAAAAUCAAUAAAAUCGCCAUCAGAUUCCGGUGAAUAUAUGAAAGGAUGCACCUCUUCGUCAAAUGGACAAAUGAUAUUUGCAGAACCAUCGAAGAAAGUUCUUAGUAUUUACGAUUCAAAAGGUAACUUUUAUAAUAACAUACCUGUUUCCGCGCAUCCGUUUGAUGUUACGUCUAUCAAUUAUUAUACGUUUGCUGUAACCUAUGACAAAACGUCUUUUAUCGAAAUGCUCGAUAUUUCAAAAGUCAAUGGAAUCGUAACAAAUCGAUAUCGGACGAAUUAUCCUUGCAGAGGAAUUUCCUAUAUGAGCGGCCAAAUUUACGUUGUAGUAGAAACCGAAGGUAUUCAAGUAAUGGAUAUUUCCGGUAAUGUGCAGAAGAGAAUUUCUAUAAACGUCGAUGGCGUUCGAUUCUUCACAACGUCAAAUAGUAGACUGUAUUAUACAAAUACUGAUGCUGGAACUGUUCAUUGUUGUGACAUGCGUGGAAAGGAAAUGUGGAAAUUUGAAGACAAAAACAUUAGCCGUCCACACGGUCUAGGAUCUGACAGCAGUGGAAAUGUGUUUGUCGUUGGUUACUCAGAUGCAGCAAAAACUACUGCCCCGAAUUCGUAUGACGUCAUACUAGUAUCUCCUGACGGGCAAUAUGCGAGGAAGCUGUUACGUAGAUCCGGAUCCCCAUCUUCCGUCCAUUAUGACAAACGUAACAAACGGUUAUUAUUAUAUAGCCAUGAUGGGUCGGUAGACUGGUACGACAUUGUUUGA